UGCAUGAUUGUGAAGUGUUAACACUUAUCUGCAAUCAAAGGCGUAUAAAGAUUGGAAGAGUAUUUACAGUAAAUUUAUGACUACUUUUAAAACCGGUUUACACUAAAUUAAUUUAUAUUAAGUUCCUUAAGAAAAUUCAAUCUGUUGGAACUUAUUACAUACAAAUACAGGAUAUUAGCAUUUGGGAUAAUAAAGAGGAUUCUAACAAACGUUUUUUUUUUUAUUGUACGUACGAGGAUUUAUAACUGAGAUGGGAUCAUAACAUGAGUUUCUGAUAUAUAAGAUAUAAGGAUAUAAAGACCUCUCAGCUGUGAAUAGUAAAUAAUGCAGGGUCUUUGGCUCUUCAAACUAUUUUUGUUAUGUAUCUUGAAAACAAAGAGUGUAUAUGGAGAAACAUUUAUAUUUCCAACGAAUUUCUCAGACACUGUUGCACAGUACAGUACUAUUAGUGCAACAAGUACUUGCUCUACUGGCGGAACAUAUAACUGCAAUUCGGCAUGUCCUAACAGAAAUACAUUUCCAACUUCUCAAGCUCCUUUAAAGAAUCUACCUGCAAACUGCAAGGGAUUGAGUUCCAGUGAAUAUCCAAGCAGCAGUGCAGCUAAUACAGCAAAUGGAACUGUUAAGUUCAAUGGUAACACAAACGAUUGUGUAAUCGAAGAACCUGUUACGUCUAGUAGUCAAAAAUACUUUGCAGUUACAGCAUGGAUUAAAGUUUCCUGCAGUAGUACUUGUGAGAUAUUAAGUAUUGACCAAAAUGGACUGCGAUUGGAAUAUAGGAGUUCAAAAUUUAACUUGGGCAACACAGAAGGAGCUAUUGCCUCGUCAUCGCAAUGGUAUUUGGUUGUCAUCAGGUAUGACGGGACGCUGUCAUGGUUUGUAAACAAUGCAAAACAGACAGAUAUAUCGUUUACGGGAAGCGGAACACACACCUUAAAACUUGGACCAAAAACUAAUCUGACUACCCUAGAUACAAUUAGCAUGGUAGACGCUCGCUGGUAUUCCGACUCCCUCACAGACAGGGAAGUCGAUUCUUUGUACAUCGGAACAUUUAAAAGAAUCAUCUUAAUGUCGGAUUGUAGAUGCCCAGUAACACAUCCAACCUUGGUACAAGAUACAUUACCGGUGCAGAAUAUGAAAUGUAAAAAUGGUGAUAGCAUAGAAGUGUUACGACUAGGUACAAGCGUUCACAUUCCAGAAUACAUGACUGACAAAGAUAAUUCAACAUCAUGGAUCUCUGAAAAUGAAAAGAACAUCAAUGUAACGCUGACGCUGAAAAACCAGUUCCAGAUAAAAAGUAUUUCUGUCAACGGUAUCAAGAAUGCACCCACUAGCCUACAAGUCAUAUUGUUCAUUGGCACGACAGAAAACAGGGUUCUUAACUUCAAGUCAUCUUGUGGUGGAAAUGCUGGACACUGCGAUUCGCUCAAUACCAGUUCAAGCGGUGAAUCUUUUUCAUAUAAUUUUGAUCCGAGUUCAGUAAAAAAGCGAACAGAAUAUCAAGAGUUGAUCGCUGAUAAAAUUGUUGUGCAGGCAAUGUUUUCUGCAAAGAGCUAUUUCACUGUGAGUGAACUGAAACUGGAGGCAAGAUGCAACUGCUUUGGACAAGACCAAGGUUGUUCCAUCUCACAAGGCAAUUACACAUGCAAUUGUAUCUCAUCUUCUGAAACAACCAGCAAACAUUGUGACCAAUGUAAGGACGAGUUCUAUCGUUCAACUGAUGACUUUAAAUGUGGAAACUCUUGUAGCUGCAACACAACUGGUAGAUUAGAUAACAUAUGCGACCAGGUUGGUGGACAAUGCAAAUGUCGCGCAAACAUUGAAGAUCGACAGUGUACAAAAUGCAAACAUAACACAGGAGGCUUUAGUAGUAGCGGGUGUACUGCAUGCCCUUGUAAUCCUGAGGGUAUAACCAGUUGCAGUGAUAGUCUUACCUGCAUCUGUAAACAAAAUGUAGAAACCACUACUGGUAAUUGCGCAACAUGUUUACCAAACUAUUAUGAUAUUACAAAAUCUUCUGGCUGCACAUUCUGUGAUUGCGAUGCUUCAGGCACAAUGGAUGUGGAACCCAACUGUAAUAAUAACACUGGGAAAUGUGAAUGUAAAGUUAAUGUACAAGGUCAGAAAUGCAGCGCCUGUAAAGAUACAUAUUUUGGUUUGUCCGCGGACAAGGAAGCUGGUUGUGAGAACUGUUCAUGUAACAUUGUCGGAUCAGAGUCCUUGACGUGUAAUAAUGUCACUGGUCAAUGUCCGUGUGUUGAUGGAAAGGAUCACAACGAUGAUGGGAACAGGCAGUGUAUACCUGGUGAAUUGAAAUUAGAACCAAGUUUUGGGCCAAUAGCCGGAGGCACAUUGUUGACAUUGACAGGAACAUUACUUGGUAUGAAAGCACAAGUUGCUCUUAAGCUUGAUGGAGAACAACAAAGAGAAGUUAACAGAAGCCUGACAUUUAUUAUCUUCAAGACAAAGAAUUUUACAGAAGGUGAAAAAUCAUUAUCUCUUACAUGGACAAAUCUAGGUAAAACGUAUCGUGAUGAGAGAUUUGAAAGAGAAACAGGAAGCUUCACAUACAGGAAAAAUCCGCAGCUCAUUGUACCGACAGCGCCAGUCAGGAGUUUUUCAAGCGGCGGCUGCACACUUCGACUACUAGGCAGUAACCUGGACAGCGUGGCUUAUCCAAAGAUGCGAGUGUACCUGAACAAAGGGCUUGAGGCAGAAUCAGUCUGCUCCUCGGAGCCUGCUGGAUUGUAUUGCCAAACACCAAUGGUCGAUCAAGUUGGUACAAACCUGACUCUUUCAUACGGCUUCGGACUGGACGGAGUUACAACGUUCGAGAAUGUUUCUAGAACAUAUGGAACAAUGUUGAUGGUUGUUGCCGACCCUGUAGUUUACGUCAGUAAUUCGGAAACAUUCAGGAACACGUUUGACAAAGUCUUCAAAAUAAAGGUAGCUUUAUUUAAAUGGUUUACACUGGUUUAUAUUCUUGUACCUUUUUGA